CUGGCCAUGGCGGACUCAACGGUGAAAGAAAGCACGAAGAACUAUCAAAUAGCAUCGGAGGAGAUUAACCCGCUGGCUGGUCGCUUCCCUCAUUGUAUCGUAUGGACGCCUAUUCCCGUGUUGUCUUGGUUGUUUCCAUUUAUUGGACACAUGGGCAUCUGCACGUCAACUGGAGUCAUCCGAGACUUUGCCGGACCCUAUUUUGUCUCUGAGGACCACAUGGCUUUUGGGAAACCCACAAAGUACUGGAUGCUGGAUGUAAGCAAAGUCUACGCCAGCGGGUCGAGCGCCUGGGAUUCUGCUGUGCACGAUGCUUCGGAGGAGUACAAGCACAGGAUGCACAACCUGUGUUGCGACAACUGCCACUCGCACGUGGCGAUGGCUCUCAACCUGAUGCGUUACGACAACAGCACGUCGUGGAACAUGGUCAAGCUCUGCCUCUUGCUGCUCCUGCACGGAAAGCACAUCAGCUGCGCGGGCUUCCUGAAAACAUGGCUGCCUUUCCUCACCCUAGUGGGCAUCAUUGUGACCGUGGCGCUCGCCAUCAACCUGCGGUGA